UAUUAGUUGCAGAUUUUUUUAAUCUCAUAAUAUUGUCCAUUUGACCAUUUGUGUUUCAAUUUCUAAACUAGUGGGUUCUCCAGUUACUUAUAUGAAUUCAUAUUACUCGUUCCGUUCAACUCGAUUGUCCUUUUUGUAUCUGCCAAUAUACGUAAGAAUACACCGUUUGAAUUUUAGAUGCCCUAUCCAAACUGAAACAAAUGCAUACCAAUUGUUCGAUGAAUUGCCUAAACGAGAUGUAGCAUCAGCUACAUCUUUGAUUAGCCGUUUUGCUAGAUUGAAUCAACACAAGAAAGCAAUGGAUAUCUUCUCAAGAAUGUUUGAGUUUAAUAUUAGACCCAAUGAGUUCACUUUUUGUGUUGUAAUUCACUCGUCCGUUAUUCUCGAUGAUCCAAAUUUAGGAAAGCAAUUUCAUGCUAUGUCAAUGAAACUUGGUCUUCAGUCGAAUGUUUAUGUGGGUAGUGCGCUUUUGGAUCUUUAUGUAAAGUUAACCAGUGUUGAGGAAGCUCGAGUUGUUUUUGAGGAUACCCAUGAACCAAAUGUGGUUUCUUACACUACUUUACUAUGUGGGUAUCUUAAAGAACAGAGGUUUGAUGAAGCUAUGGAGAUCUUUCGGAUCAUCCCCGAGAGAAAUGUUGUUUCUUGGAAUGCUAUGAUUAGUGGGUAUAGCAAGAAAGGACGUAAUGAAGAGGCUGUUAAUCUUUUUGUUGAGAUGUUGAGACGAGGUUUCAUACCUGAUCAAUCGACGUUCCCUUCUUUGUUAAGUGCAGCUGCAAAUAUGGCAGUAUUGGGAAGGGGAAAAAGUUUCCAUGCUUGUGCUGUGAAGUAUUUGGGUGAGUUUGGUGUGUUUGUAGGCAAUUCUCUUGUUAGCUUUUAUGCAAAAUGUGGGAGCUUAGAAGAUAGUCUUCGCGUUUUCAGUAGGCUUCCUGAAAGAAAUGCUGUGAGUUGGAAUGCUCUAAUAUGUGCUCAUGCUCAAAAUGGGAGAGGGGACGUAGCGAUUGAAUUGUUUAAGAGAAUGGAAUGUAUGGGAAUUAAGCCAAAUAGUGUCACUCUUCUUGGUUUGCUAUUGGCAUGUAGUCAUAUUGGUCUUGUUGAUGAGGCUUAUUCCUAUUUCGAGCAGGCAAGAACUCAGGACGCUAAUCUGCUGAAAUCUGAGCACUAUGCAUGUAUGGUUGAUCUGCUAUCGCGUUCAGGGAGGUUUCAACAAGCUGAGAAAUUUUUUCGUGCUUUGCCCUUUGAUCCAGGUAUAGGAUUUUGGAAGGCAUUGUUGGGAGGUUGCCAGAUUCACUCGAACACGAAGCUAGGGGAGUAUGCUGCUGAAAAGGUAUUGGCUUUAGAGCCUGGAGAUGUUUCAUCAUAUGUGAUGCUCUCGAAUGCACAUUCUGCUGCUGGAAGAUGGAAGAGUGUAUCCAUCGUAAGGAGUGAAAUGAGGGAAAAAGGGUUGAAGACGAUCCCUGGUUGUAGUUGGGUUGAAAUCAAAUGCAAAAUUCAUGUAUUUGUUACUGGAGACAAGAGACAUGUCCACAAGCCUGAGAUUUAUGAACUUCUUGGGUACUUCCUCGAGCACGCAAUGAAGAGCCAAGAAACUGAUUUUCUUUGAGAAUUUUGAUGCAAAACUCCACACUUCAAUGUUCAAUGCCCAGCAGACCUGUAAAGAUGUCAAGUUUAUUGAGAUUGUGAGGUAAAUUGAGCAGUUAAACGGGGAGGUAGAAGGAAAUUGCCAAAUCCUGGAAGCUGCUAUGCGAAGAUAUGCCAAAACCAGCUAUAAGGGUAUGUCGUUUAAGUUGUGCAGAUAAUGCUAUGUCGUGAGGAACUGAAGAUAUCCAAAUAACUAUACGAGAAUGCCUUGAGAAGUAUCUUGCAUAUGGCUAUAAUCACGGAAUGCGUACAAUCUACCUUCCCAGAAUCCACUUGUUCUACAUUGGAUAACUGAAAUUCGUAUAGACUCAUAAUUUGCCUCUUUGGAGGAUUGAUAUUUGAUGGGAUCAUUAUAAUUAACUGCCUUGAUGCAUAUCGGUCCCGUGGAGUUUCUCUAUUACUGGCUUCACAGAGCUCUG